CGCAUUACCAAGCAAGCAAGCUGUGGACGAUGACGGUGUAGGAAAGAUUAGUGAUCAGGUCGUUUAUACCAUAUCAUUCUUAUCCCUUAAUUCUCCAAAUGAGAAAUUGAGAAUGUAGAAAUUAGCAUAUCUUGAUAAGUUUAAACGAAAAGAAGGGCGAGCAAAAAUGGACAAUAACACGAAAGUGGCCAUCGUCGUUGGCGCGUCCAGGGGCAUGGGGAGGCAGAUCGCGAUUGAUCUAGCCAAGAACGGGUAUGCCGUGGUCGUCGCGGCCAAAUCAACGGGCAACAAUGCUCCCAGCACGGCGCCAUUCCCGCCAGACCCCAACUCGGCGCAAUCCACCAUCAGCACCGUAGAGCGGGAGAUCGUGGAAGCCGGGGGCCGCGCGACAGCGAUACCCGUGGACGUUCGGGAUUUUGCCAGCGUGCAGGCAUUGGUUGAUAGAACUAUCGAGAUCUACACCCGCCUCGACGUCCUCAUCUACAACGCCGGCGCAAUCUGGUGGUCGGCGGUCGAAAGCACGCCCAUGAAGCGGUUCCAGCUGCUGCAGCGCGUGAACCCGGAGGGCCUGUACGCGUCCGUCCAGGCUUGCCUGCCGCACCUAAAAAAGAGCAGCAGCAGCAACGACGGGAGUGGCCGCAUCGUGGUCGUGAGCCCGCCCAUCUACAGCCGCUUCGUGCGCGGCAAGACGGCGUACGCGAUGGGGAAGAUCGGCAUGAGCGUGCUGACGCUGGGUCUCGCGAUGGAUUUCGAGCGCCAGGGUAUCACGGAUAGGAUGGCGGUUACCAGUCUUUGGCCGGCUGUGGGCAUCGAAUCCGCCGCGACCCUCUCCCCGACAACCCACGACCCCUCCGUCGCCGCCUCCCUCCGCAAACCCACCAUCUUCUCCGCCGCCAUCCUCGCCAUCCUGCGCGCGCCCCCCGCCUCCGUAAACGGGCGUCUACUUCUCGACGAAGACUUCCUGCGCACCGACGUCGGCGGCGGGGUGCAGGACUUCUCGAAGUACAGCGUUGUUCCCGGAUCGAGUCCUCGACGCAUAAUGCCGGCCGUGCUGCCGGACUUGACGGUUGCGGAGCAGGAUGAUGAGGGUGUGAGGAUGGAUAGCGCUGUGAAGGAUAAGCGUACGGUUGGGGCGAAGCUUUAGGGUGGGUUGGAAUUGGGUAGGCAGAUAGGCAGGUACCUAGGUAUAUAAUUAGCUAGAUGUAGGUACUCGGUAACGUUCUUAGGUUAGGUGUAGUACCUACAUACCUAUGUAUGUCUAUUAAUAUAUAGGUAUAUGUCUUAGGUACCUACUCAUAUACCAAUGAGAGAAGAACCAGAUUGAGGUGCUACUACAUAUAGUUCAAGUCUUUGGUAAGAAAUUAUACUCAGUGCUGCUCUAGGGUUGCAGGUUCAUGGGG